AUGCGGUCCAAGUUCAAGGACGAGCACCCCUUCGAGAAGCGGAAGGCUGAGGCUGAACGCAUCCGCCAGAAAUACGCCGACCGGAUCCCUGUGAUUUGCGAAAAGGUCGAGAAGUCGGAUAUCGCGACCAUCGACAAGAAGAAGUACCUCGUGCCGGCCGAUCUUACUGUCGGACAGUUCGUCUAUGUCAUCCGUAAGCGUAUUAAGCUUUCUCCAGAGAAGGCUAUCUUCAUCUUCGUGGAUGAGGUUCUCCCACCAACAGCUGCUCUCAUGAGCAGCAUCUACGAAGAGCACAAGGACGAGGAUGGCUUUUUGUACAUCACAUACUCCGGCGAGAACACUUUCGGUGACCAGUAG